AGAGGUCAUAAGUCGUCAACGUGCCGAUCACGCCAUGAACCACUUAUUCUAUUCAUGAUUCCACGAUACCGUGCUGUAAUUGCUGUGGCUUCCGUUCAUCUAUAUAUAUUUAGUCUCCUGUAUCUACUGAGUGCUGCCGCAUGAAAAUCAAUAAAAGUGUAUUGUUAAAGAAUGACAAUAUAUUUUACAUCUUGCGGAAAACACAAAUUAAGCACGCGAGUGUAAAGUCAUGACGGAUACUUGUUUUUUAAAUAAUUUAUUGCAAACUGUAAACAUGUAUAUUUUUGUCGACUUCUUAUGUGUUAACAUUGAGACGGAUGGAAAACAUGUCUUUGGUUAGGACUGAAGACUAUUUUGCGAGUGAUAGGAAUAUUUAUCAGACUCACGUUAUGGGUUAAGAAUUUUGUUUCUUCAUAUAUAUGCCUGAAGAAUUUUGACGUAUUUAGGCAUGAGAAGGUGAUAAAUCAACACUUCGGCUAUGUGAGACAAGAUUGUAAUCAUUUACAAAUCGACGGCUUGUCAGGAAUAAAACUGUUACAAAGAAGCUGAUACACUGAUAUUACAUAAUGAAAUUAACAACUAAAAAGAAUAUGCCUUUGGUUAUUUUGUGUAUGUUCAAUAUUAACAGCAUUUAUAGUCUGUUUUGUAUUCAUCGUGCCAGAUCAUCACAUGGUACAAAUUAUUUCUCAAAGGGAUCAUGUUGAAAUAGUGGUAACUAGAAACCAUAGUAGCUUAGAAACGAGAAAACAAAGCAGUAGUUCAGAUUCUCUAUUCGAGAAUCCUUCAAAUCAUUUACAAUCGUACAGAUUUGAUUUAAUGUUCAAAAUGGUUUAUGCAUAUUUCUAUGUUUACAAGAAACGAGUUCCAAGCGUAGUACAAGAUGCAUAUACAGAACAUAUUCGAGUGUGGAACCAUUUCAAAGAAUACUGUAGCAGCAAUAAAAAGUCCUGGUUCGAUGGAAAAAUACCAUGCAGAAAUAAGAACAAUCAGUCCGAUUUCAUUUUAUCAUUUCAUAAAACAAUAGAAGCGAUAAAAACGAGUGGAUUUAAUUCUAGCAGAUCGAGGAUUCCGUUGGACAAAAUAGGAUUUCUUCUUAAUGGUGCACAUAGAAUAUCGGCUUCAAUAAUAUUAUCAAAGAAUGCAUCUUUUGAACAUCACAGUUAUAAACAGCGUUCCUUUAGUUGGGGAUAUAAGUUCUUUAAAGGCAGAGGACUUUUGGAGAAGACGUCGGAUAUGGUCAUGUUGGAAUGGAUGAAAAUCCAGUCGAAGCUUCCGUCCUUGAACACAUUGGUUUUUAUUGUUUCCGUAUUUUCAAAUAAUCGCGGCAAAGAUGACGCUAUGCGUAAAAUUGUGAAAGAACGAUGCUCAAAAGAUAAUGGUAUUUUAUAUGAAAGAAAAAUCAACUUCACUAAAAGUGGAAUGCGGCAAUUAAUCACUCAUAUGUAUGGGCAACAAGCUUGGCUGCAGACAAAAAUUCAACAUAUGCUUUCAAAAUUCAAUUCAACAUACAGUGCCAUAUUUUUAUUUGUCUAUGCAAAAAGCAACAGAGAUUUAGUUCAGUGUAAAAAUAAAGUAAGAAAGCUUUACAAUGAUAAUAUCUUUAAAUCCACUGUUCACAUUCCAGAUACUGCAGAAGAGAAUUUAAUUCUAGCAGAAAUGAUACUUAAUCCAAAUUCCAUACAAUUCAUGAACUACGCUAAGAAUGCGUCUGAUUGCAAAGUAAUUGCAAAAGAAGUUGCCAGUCGUUCAUCUAUUGCAUCGAUAAAGACACUGCCAGGUAUCUGCAUGGGAAGAGAUGACGUCAUGAUUGACUCGGGAACAGUGCUUGGAUUUUUUGGCCUGCGCAAACGAACAGAUGUUGACCUUUUAUUUUUACACGAAGUUGAUAAAGCUUUACUUGGAAAUGGUCAUGGAAUUUCUAUUCAAGCUCAUGCUUUUAAAAACAAUUCCAUUUCAAAGGGACGCGCAUGGGGAGAAGACCAUUUUACUGACAAUGGGGCAACGGACAAAUGGGAUUUGUUUUAUAAUCCAAAAAAUUAUGGUUAUUGUUAUGGUAUCAAAUUCGUAUCAUUGAAACAAUUGGUUAGAUACAAAAUGAAGCGAAAUGAGCCGAAAAAAGAUUCAUUCGAUGUAGAGCUCAUUAACAAAUUUCUUGAGACCAUUACUUAAAAUCUAUCUAUCUAUCUACUACCUACCUACCUACCUAUCGGUCUGUCCGUCCGUCUGCCUGUUUAUCUGUCUUUCCUAUAUACAGACUUUCCUACGUACUACCUACUAACUGCUUCAGAUCUGUUUAAAAUUUAUUUUUGAAAGCUGGUUGCGUAAUCUAUUGUACUUUUUGAUACAGGUAUCAUUGGAAUAUCAGACUAAUUCUUAAAAGUUUUGUCAUACAAUUACAUUAAAUUUGAAAAUUUCAUGUACAUAAAAUCUAAAAGAAGAUCAUUUGGAAGCAAAGAAAGCCAUCACGCAAAAUAAUGGCAGACCAUACUUGAUUGGUUCUGUCCUUCGGACUGUAAACGUUCAAAAGUACCGGAACCAAAUUACCAGAAGAUAUAAUUACAGUCCAAGAGUCCAAGUACUUAGUGAUAGUUUACGUUUAUCAGACGGUACUUUAAUAUUGCUGUUGUGAUAGUGAAUAAUCUAUAAGAAUGUUCUUUAGAAGCACGGAAUACGAUUUAGCAACAUAAAAACAAAAUCGUUUUGAUUCACUCUGUGCUUGAAAGGUGAUGAGUUAUCAUGUAACCUGCCUUACGCGAAUUACCAUCGGCCUGUGCGGAACUAAUUUAUACACAUACAGUCAGUGAAUGUACUUAGGCUAGAAAAAAUCACAGAACUGAGUUAAAAUACUUGACGGCAUUCACGAUUAAUACAACAAUUAAAUUAUAAUAAAAGUUCGUAUAAAUUAUUACAUCUGUUUUGUCUGACUGGGUGGCAAACAAAAUAGAUUAAAUUUUAAGUGGUGAAAUAGUUUUAAAAAUUCUUUUGAAAUAUACCAGUUAUUUUUAAUUACAUCAGCUUGGUACAUUUUAUUUAGUCUAUUUGACAAUUUUAUGAUAUGUAUAUAAUUAAUAUUAAUGUAUGUGUAAAUAUGUAUAUAAUACAAAUAUGAUUAGCUUUGCAUCGGGAGAUAUGCACUCGUUGUUCAGCGGAAUUAUAUUGUACUCCUAAAAUCGCGCAUUAUUUUCGCUAAAGAACUCGAAUAUAUUUCCCGAAUGUUAAUGCGAGAGGUCAUUUUUAUUUGAAUUAUAUGUACAGCCAGAAUAUCAAACAAUAAGAAUAUGGUGACGAUUACCAUUGACUGAGUGCAGCAAUUCCUUUUCCUGUGUAUGCUCUUAUUUCAUGAGUCAUUUAGAAAAUGUCAACCCAUUUGAUUGUUACGGUUUGUUUAACAGAAAAGUUAAUUAAGCUGAAAAUGUAAAAUAUUGAAAAUCAAUAUUUGGUACUUACAAACGCAGCAAGGAAUGUUUAUGGACGCUCGCUACAGUUUCGUAAUUUUUUUCUCAAUAUUAGGUUUUGAUGAAAUGUUUUGUAUUAAAAGAUCAUGUUAUGAUGUAUUGAAAAAUGAAAUAAAAAUACUAGGUCACCAGCUUUGUUUAAAUUUAAUUUGCCCCUAGAUAUGGUGCUAUUUUAAACAUUUUUCAAAAUUUUUGAAAUCCUAAAAUAUAUUUCAGUUAAGUACAAUAAUCAGCAUAAAUUUGAUUAUCUAAGCAUUUUUAUAACGGAAAACAAUAUACUUUGUAUGUAUUUGAAACAUGCUCAGAGAAACCAAAAGAACAUGAUUUUGUAAAGAAAGGAAUUCUUGUUCAUCAGACCCAAGGGCUAUUUUUGCAUAUUUUUGUCAGUUUUAAGUUGGUACUUCUGCUAUUUUGUCGAGUUUCACAUAACAGAAUUUAAUCAAACUCUGCACAUACCUUUGGUUCUGUCUACCUAAUCUAAAACAAAAAGAAAAUUGAUAGGUCAUCAUAUAAGAUUUCGCUUAAAUCAAAUUACAACGAGGUAGGGUGUGGCGGGCAUU